AACACAUUUCAGUGCUAAAUCCACCAAAAAGAAGCACUCGCAGUCGCCGCCGGCCGGCCGCCACCAUAUAUGGAGACCAAACAGCACCACGCCGUUCUGUUCCCAUUCAUGGCGAAAGGCCACAUCAUCCCACUCCUCCACUUCGCCCACCUCCUCCUCCGCCGCCGCAUCCACGUCACUUUCGUCACCACCCCAGGCACCCGCUCCUUCGUCGCCGACCACCUCGCCGGCCACCCUUCCUCCGACGUCGUCACCAUCCCUUUCCCGCAGCUGGGAAUCCUCCCUCCCGGCGUCGAGAGCUCCGACAAGCUCCCUUCCAUGUCCCUCUUCCCUCCAUUCGCCAUGUCCACCAAGCUCAUGCAGCCGGACUUCGACCGCGCCCUCGUAACCCUACACGCUACCCGACCCGUUGACUUCUUGGUAUCCGACGGCUUCCUCGGGUGGACGUUGGAGUCCGCCAACAAGUUUGGGAUCCCUAGGCUGGUGUUCUACGGGAUGAGCUGCUACGCUUCGUGCAUUUGUAAGGCCGUCGGAGAUGGCAACCUCCUCGCCGGAGCUGAUCUCGCCGAUGAUGACCCCGUCACUUUGCCCGAGUUUCCUUGGAUUCAGGUCACCAGGAACGAAAUUGAGCCGCCAUUUAGCGACCCGGAGCCCAAAGGCCCAUACUUCGACUUCCACAUCUCGUGCUUUGUUUCGUCCGCCAACAGCUUUGGUUUGAUCGUCAAUGGCUGCUACGAGAUGGAACCGUUUUUCGUUGACCAUUGGAACCGCCACGCGCUGCCUAAGGCAUGGUGCGUAGGACCCUUUUGCCUUGCCGAGCCUGAUAACAUGUCAAGUAGUAGCAACGUCACCAAUGGUCCAAUAGUGGUCCAACCCAACAACAAAGCACCAGCGUGGUGGAUGAAGUGGUUGGACCGAAAGCUCGAGCAAGGAGUCCCGAUCCUCUAUGUGGCAUUCGGGUCCCAAGCCGAGAUAUCCUCUGACCAAGUCAAGGAGAUCGCCCGGGGGUUGGAAGACUCCGGGGUGAGCUUCUUGUGGGUGAUAAAGGAUCACGAUUUGGAACUCGGGGAGGACCGGUUCGAGGAUCGAGGGGUGGUGGUUCGAGAGUGGGUUGACCAGCGGGAGAUACUAACCCACCCGAGCGUCCAAGGGUUCAUGAGCCACUGCGGGCUGAACUCCACAAUGGAGGCGAUCUCUGCUGGGGUUCCGAUUCUGGCGUGGCCUAUGAUGGCCGAGCAGCCGUUGAAUGCUCGAAUGGUGGCCGAGGAGAUAAAGGUGGGACUUCGAGUCGAGACGUGUGAUGGGUCGGUCAAAGGGUUCGUGACUCGAGUAGGGCUGAGUAAGAUGGUCAAAGAGUUAAUGGAAGGAGAGAGAGGAAAAGAGGCAAGGAAGAGGACUAAGGAGUAUGGGGAAAUUACUAGAAAGGCCAUGGAAGAAGGAGCCGGUUCUUCUUGGAGGAAUUUGGGUUUAUUGAUUGAUGAAAUUUGCGGGAGGAAGGAGGCAUAAAUAUGGAUUAUCUGCCAAUUAUGAUAUACUGUAAAUUUGGGUUUAUUGUUUGUAUUUAACAUUUGAAAAUAAUUAGAGCAUGCAUGUAACAUUGCACAAUUUCUUUGUAUGCACUACUGUUAUUUGUUGUAGUUAACUUCAUUUAAAAUGUGUUUGUGUUUUACGAUUGAUCGAUAUGGUCAUAUAAAAUAAUUUGUUAUUAUGGAAUUAUAUAUAGAUAACUCCUUGACUUAAUUUGU